AUGGAUCCCAACGACAGCAAGAUCUCUGCCGCCUCGCGUCGCUCUUCGACCCGACGAUCGCGUUCUCUAAGGCUAUCAGCGGGUAGUGCUGUUAUCGAAGAUGACUAUGACCUCAAUGCCAUGAUGGUGGCGGACGGAUUCCGACCUACUGAUACCACCACCUCUUCAAACACGAACCCGACACCAAACUCGAGUGCUCAACAUGAACCUCCAUUAUCCCCGACCGAGUCUUUCUCACAACCAACAACCUCCGCAAAGUCAUCCGAGGAAUCUAUCGCGCCCCGUUCAUCAUCAGAGAUCACACCUGCUAUUCGAAACCGACCUUCCAGUAUCUCAAAACCGCACCGAAACCACGACUCUCUCGCUCUCCGAAAUGAUGGCACGACCAUGGCUGAUAGAUCUCAUGUACGAAACAACCCCAGCUUAUCAUCAGACGCCCCUGUCAUCCGUGCCGAAAGCCCUUAUACUGGCCCAUCUGGUCCUUCACACCCAUACAACAUGUACCCCCAACGAACAAUGAGCAUGGCUACAACCUCUACUGCCGCCAAUGCAAUCAUACCAGAUGAUCGGCCUUAUCAAGGAGCUCAAGGCCCGGCUCACCCAUAUGCGCUUUAUACGCAAAACACUACUUCCGGCGAGAGUAGCAGUCAGUCAAUCCCAGUCGGAUUCAACGGUUUAGGGACAACAUACCAGCGGCAAAUAGGACCAGAUGGAGAAGAGGCAGGAGAUUUAGUAGGCCCUUUGGGCCACACAGAAGAACUGCCACCUUACACAAGAUACCCAGACAACGCCUAUGUGCCCAGGCCAACCGCACAAGCACCUGUUUCCCCAGUAUCUCCUGUGUCGGAACCAUCCUCCCCAAUUAGAGAAGGACCAGUUGCUCAAAUACCCGGUGCCGGUGGAAUUGGAAUCGCAACUCGCGACCCCGAGUUCUCUUCGACUGAUGACGACCUGGCUUUGCCGAGGACCCGGCCUUCUGUGAGAAGCGCCAACUCUUCAGACAACAGUUCACAUGACAUCAAUAGUGCUGCCGCUGGACUUUCUGAGAAACCUCCCGUCAACAAAUGGCAACGGCGGGCUAAGAAGAAGCUAUGCGGGAUCGUGCCUUACUGGGCCAUAUGUCUCCUGUUUGUUGGUCUUAUUCUGAUGGGUAUUAUCAUGGGUGCUGUGAUUGGGACGAUGCUAACUAAAAAUCACCCACCUCCGCCCCCUGACGUUGACGAUAACAAAUAUUUAUCACCUCCUACUCCAACAACAUAUGACCCUGAAAUCUUGACAAUUAUACCUAGCGAUUUACCACCCAUGGCAACAGGCCGUUUUGCCCUUCCCAACAUUGACCCUAGCCCCCAGGGAUAUAGCGCUUGCUUUAAUGACACAACACAAUCAUCAGCUUGGUCCUGCGACAUCAUUUAUCCCCUUUGGUCGAUUCAGGUUUUGAAAGAUUCGGACCCUAAGAACGAAUCCGAAAUCUCCUACAACCUGACACUCAGGGCCAUUGACGAUGACAAAUACCCAUUUCCUUGGGGCGCCCAACCGCCAAGUAUCAGUACUGUUGCUAUGAAGUUGGUUAACGACACAACUGAUGUUGCACGCGGUCCUGCUUGGUGGUUACGGACAACAUACAACAAAACCGUCAUCGUAUCAGACAAGAAGCUUGGCGAGUUGGAGAAGCGAGGCUGGGAUGAAGAUGGUGGUGAUUACGAAGAUUACAACUCAUUCCAUCGAUUCAAGAACAAGCCAAUGAAUGCCAAGGUGGGCGAACAACCUUGGAUUUGUACCUGGCCAAACACCGUUAUCGAAUUUUUCAUUUAUCCUAACGAAACCGCCACUGGAUACCACCCAACCCCGACAACAAGCGGUGGCGUUUCUACCACGACAGAGAACAGCUAUGCGACUGAGUCAACCGCUUGGGAUGCUUGGAAACUUCCUGUCUACCCUCAUGUUUACAAAAUGAUGGAGCGCCGCUUUCUCUGGGACGAAGAUUCGGUAGCCACAUGCACUCAAUACGAAGUGAUUGGCGACGGAACCAACGCGACGGCGCUCAUUAGGAAUGGCACAAGAAUCACAAUGACUAUUCAAGAAGAUGAGGACGAGGACUUUAUCUCUGGGCUGGAGCUUACAUGGACCGGCAAGGGCAAGCGAUCUCUUCCACAACUAAUGAGACGGACAAGUCCAGCACUUACCGAUUGCGCUUGUAUAUGGAAAUCUCAAUAG